AUGGCUGAGGAAGGAUUGACAAAUUCUGAUUUGGAAUUAAAAUUAAACCAAAGUAAUGAACUAAUAAAGCUCCAAACAAAUUUUAACGAACUUCAAUUGAAAUUUAAUGAAGAGAAGGAAAAGACUUUAAAUCUUGAAAAUGAAUUAAAAGAAAUGAAAGAGAAAAAUCGAAAACUCGAGUCUGGUUAUAAAAACGAAAUUGAACAGGUAAAUAAUAUUGCUGAAUUUAAUUCAAAAUAUACUUUAAAUUUCAAAAAGAUAAAUAAUUUAUUUGAAAAUAAGUUUGCUGAUUUAGCAAUUAAAUUUGAACAAUUAAACAAUGUUACUUGUAAAGUUGUGAAUUUUGUCGAAAUUAAAAAUAGAUGGAAAAUUAUUGCUGGAAAAUAUAUUGAAAGUUGUGAAAAUAAUUGUAUAAAUACGGACAACCCAAUUGGUAAUUGUAUUGAAGGAAAUGGAUUUAUUAAUCUAAUUGGUAGAAAUGUUGAAUCUGGUGUUGUUGCUGAAAAUUCAUUCAAAAAACCUGAAAAUUGUUUAAAUUAUUCGUUAUUUUAUGUUGAAAUUAAAUGUAAAAUGGAAAGAGAAUUAAAUAAUUGUUUAAAUUGGAUGGUUAUUGGUGUUGUUAAUAAUACAAAGAUUUACAAAUUUAAUUCAAAGAAGUGUGCAAUUAUGAACGAAAAAAAUGAAGGAUUUAAACUUUCCACAUUCUCUUGGAAUGAUAAUGAUGUUUUUGGGUGUGGAUUAGUUUACCCUCCAACUAAUAAAAUAACUGAAGCAUUUCCUUAUAUUUUCUUUACACAAAAUGGGAAACAGAUUGGGAAAGCUUUAUUAUCAAAAGACAAUUUUGAUUGUUACCAGCCAUAUGUUGUAUUAAGAUGUUGUUCUGUGGAAACAAACUUUGGAAAUAAUUUGGAGACAAAGCCUUUCAUAUAUGAUAUUUCGAAACAUUUUGUUUUGAAAGAAUUUUAUUGA